AUGCUCUCAAGUGUUGCUGCAGUGAAGGCACCCCGCACACACAACCGUCGCCGCGUGACCGGAUCCAGCGGAAGGAGGAGGGAAGGAAGAGAGAGUGAGCCGCAGAGGCCCAACAUGUCCCGGCGUGUGUUUACUUCCGCGGUGCUGUUCCUCCUCGUCGUUAUGAUGUGCUGCGACACUGGUGGAGCUGCAGCCACUGAGAACAGUGUUUCAGGGGCUUCAACUCGGGGAUAUUCACGGAAGAAAUACUUUGAUUGGAGAGAUACAAAUGAUAGAGAAACAGUGAGUUCUUUAAGUGUUCCAGUUCUUGUUGAGAUGGAUGGUGAUGUGUUUGCCGUUGCCGAGGCGCAGUGCACGGAAGCCAGUAAGAGCGGUUUUACUGGGAUUGCUUCGAAACUCCUGACGUUGACUGAUGAACCAUCAAAAGAGGAGUUUGAUACAACUAAACUGAAGACACAGGUACUGGAGGAAUGUCCUGCCGGAAAUAAGGGUUGUGCCUCCCAAGCAGGAGCUCAGGACGCCUCCCAAAGCCGGAAAAAAGUACGUGUGAGCCGGCCAACAACAAUUGUGAAUGGGAGUCGUAUUUACAUGUUUGCCGGAACCUACGGUUUUGAAGUUACUGAAGGCGUUGAUCAGACCGCUGCAGCAGCUAAAUGGGGACUUUUGGGGGCUGUGGGAAACGUCAGUAUUGAUGGGAGCAGCGAUAAAAAAAUUUAUUGGAAAGACACUUCCGUUAUCCCGUGGACUGAUUUUGAAAAACAACACAAAUCCUUGACAGGGCUGAUUGGCAGCGGUGGAUCGGGUGUUCAGAUGAAGGACGGUGCGCUUGUGUUGCCCGUGGAAGGAACGAAGGAUGGAAAGGCCGUUUCGCUGAUCAUAUACUCCUCAGCCACUGAGAGUGGGAAGCUGUCGAAGGGGAUGUCUGCCGAUGGCUGCAGUGAUCCCUCCGUCGUGGAGCGGGAGAAGGGAAAACUCAUGAUGAUGACUGCGUGUGAUGAUGGCCGCCGCAGGGUGUACGAGUCCGGUGACAAGGGGGAAUCGUGGACGGAGGCUUUCGAGACACUCUCGCGCGUGUGGUUCAACAACCAAAAGGGAAAUGAGAAGGGCGUUAGAAGCGGUUUCAUCACAGCGACGAUUGAGAACAGAAACGUGAUGCUCGUUACUCUGCCGGUGUAUGCCAAAGAAAAACAAAAAGAAAAUAAAAAGGGCGAACUCCAUCUUUGGCUGACGGACAAUACUCACAUUGUUGAUAUUGGGCCGGUGUCCGGGAAGGACGAAGACGUCACCGCCAGCUCCCUGUUGUACAAAAGAGCUGGAAGUGGAAAUAAUAAUAAUAAUGAGAAGUUGAUUGCACUGUACGAGAAGAAGAAGGGCGAUGGGAAACCAUCACUCGGCAUGGUCUCAGUGCGUCUGACUGCGCAGCUGCAGCGGGUGAGGGAUGUGCUGGCGACCUGGAAGAAAGUGGACGAACGUGUCUCCAAGCUGUGCCCCACUUCAAGUGCUGCGGUGAGUAAAUCAUCUGACACUGCCUGCACUACUGAUAAGGUCACGGAUGGGCUGGUUGGCUUUUUGUCCGGCAAUUUCUCUGAUAACAAAUGGAGGGACGAGUACCUCGGGGUGGACGCCACAGUAAAGAAAGGAACGAAUGGGGUGGCAACAUUGCAUGGCGAUGGAGUGACGUUCACAGGAAGCGGUGCAGGGGCGCAGUGGCCUGUUGGCAGUCAGGGGGAGAAUCAGCUGUACCACUUUGCAAACUACAACUUCACUCUUUUGGCGACGGUGUCCAUCCACGGUGAGCCGAAGAGUGGCAGCGUCCCUUUGAUGGGUGUGCGUGCAGGUACUGACGGUGGAAAAAAACUUAUGGAGUUGUCGUACGGCAGUGGAAAGAAGUGGCAGGUGCUGUGCAGUGACGGAACAACCAAGAAGCUUAAAAGCACUUGGGAGACAGAGACACAGUACCAAGUGGGCAUUGUGCUACAGAACGAAAAACAGGGCUCCGUGUACGUCGAUGGUCAGCGUGUGUGUGGGAGUGCGCAACGUGGAUUGGAGGCAACAGAACCGCAAGAGAUCUCCCACUUCUACAUUGGAGGGGAUGGAGGCAGCACAGGGGGCCAAGGAGACGUCUCUGUGACUGUGAGGAACGUCAUGCUGUACAACCGCCCGUUGACUUCUUUUGGCCCCGAUGCCGAAGUGGAAAAAGAUGUUGCGUCACCAGCGGGAGCUGUUUCUCGUACCAAAACAGGGGAUGAACUGAAAACGGAGGGGAAGCCUGCCACCACACAGCAAGUGCCGACGGCUCCGGGGUCCCAUGCCGUUGGAGAAGCAACGGGUGAUGCUGGCAAUGUUUACAGAAGCGGGCUGCUGCCGCUGCUCCUUCUGUUGGGAUUGUGGGGGUUUGCGGCUCUGUGA